AUGAGUGCUCUUGUUGGAGUCGCCGUGGGCGGGAUGAUCAUUGGGGUCCUGUCCCUGAUCGCCGCCAUCGUCAUCAUCGUCCUUUCUAUUGUCAUUCUCUGCCGAUGCCAUAAGCAGAAUGACAGAGCCCGUACUGGUGUUACCUACCUCAAAGUCACGGCCGGGUUUAUUUUGCUUUAUCAAGUCCUUGUCAUUAUCAGCCUCGUCCUAUCAGUCACGACAGCCAGUACCCGAUACCCAGGAAGAUCCAUCAGAAUGAAUUUCGCCGUUGCCCAUAUUGAGGCCAUCAACACAGUCUUCUCGACCGCCUGCAUGGCUCUCUUUAUCGCCACCCAGUUCGAAUUUGCCCGAGGGCUCAAGAUGAUUGCUGCCAUGUCUGGUCACGGAGAAAGCGCCAACACUGUUGAGGUCAAGGCGCGAAAGAGCCGCUUCUUCAGCGUCUUCGCCUUAGCUCUCGUCAUGAUUGUCUCCAUUGCCGCCUUCGGUCUCUAUGAGGCCUACAUUGCUGGCAAUUACAACAUGGGGGAGGCCCAGAGCUAUCUGGUCUUUGCCGUCGAAGCCAUCCUCGCCAUCGCUGCGAUUGUUUGUCUCGUCUUCACAGCUCGCCAGCCCCGAAUCCCUCCUCACAGCAGCCUUGCUACUCAUUUGAUCGUCAUUUCCACCCUGACCGCUAUCCGCCACAUUACUAUGGCUGUGAUCAGAGGAUACUUCACCUGGGGCUUCUGGGCUCUAGUUGACAGUGACAGCACCGGUACCGCUGCCGGUCUCACCGCCGCCAGUGCCUUGGCAGUUAUCGCUAACAGCUGGUUGUUCUGCAUCACCCUCGGCAUGGCAUAUGGCGUCUGCAGAAAGGAGUACGGAGGUCUACGCGCCAACACCGUUUACGCCCCUGUCAAGACUGGACAUGUCUAG